AGGCCGUAUUCGAUUCUAGUCCUACAACCACUAGGGUAUUGGGAAUCUGAAAAGAAAGGGCGACCCCUCUCUCACUGUGUCAUUGCAACCCGAAGUUGAAUUGCUUCUUAUCAUAUAGGAAUUUUCAUUGGACCUGAAUUGUAUCCGUCUACGUGAUGGGAAGAGGCAAGUUCAAGGGAAAGCCUACUGGCCAUCGCCAGUUCUCUACGCCGGAGGAGAUGCUUUCUGGAUCAUCUUCCCGCCCUCGCACUUUCAAGAAGGACAAAGCUGAAUUUGAAGCAGAAAAACCUCGAGAAGAAUCUGAAGAGGAAUCUGAAGAAGAGUCUGAUGACGAACAAAAUGAUAAGCGGAAAGGAACUCAAGGUCUUAUUGAGAUCGAAAAUCCUAAUCUGGUGAAGCCAAAGACCAUGAAGGCGAAAGACAUCGGUAUUGGGAAAACAACUGAACUCUCUAGGCGUGAGAGAGAGGAGAUAGAGAAACAGAAGGCUCAUGAACGUUAUAUGAGGCUGCAAGAACAAGGGAAAACAGAGCAGGCGAGGAAAGAUUUAGAUCGAUUAACCCGUAUACGUCGGCAAAGGGCAGAAGCUGCUAAAAAACGAAACGAAGAGAAGGCUGCCAAAGAAAAUAAGAAAGUCGAGGCUCGCAAAUGACCUUCCUGCUAAAUGUCUUGUGAAGUUAUGUUACUACCCCUUAGUGCAAAGAUGUAUGGAACUCCCUAGUUGGUUGAAGUAAUGUGUUGGUACUUUUGGAAACAAACAGUUUUCUGUUUCCUUGGUCUAAAUAUUUGACCAAGUUAUAAUGUCUCUCAAACCAAAUAGAUUUCCUCCUUUUCAGAAGUUUGACUGAAUUUGUAUAGGAGGUAUUCUAUUCCGUUUUAAAUUUGGGAGAGUCAGAGCAACAAUCCAUGUAGUGGCAACUAUCACUCCCUCACUGAUAUAUUUCUGCGUUGCCUAUCUGUUGCAUGGGUUUUUAUCCCUUGAUUGGUAUGUUCCCUGUGGGUUAAAUGUUAAGGAUUAUGUUGGUCGUAUAUGAUGUUCAUUGCCCUGGU